AUGGGCAAUACCCGGAUUGCAUUUGCAGCCAACUCUCCUGGAUACUUGUACAACAUGGGGUCUCAUGUAUUUCUAAGGUGGUCCAGAUCCCCGUACGACAAGUACAUGUGGGUGAAGGGCACGAAGGAUGCAAACAAGGCGGGGCUGUUCAAAAUUCAGAAAGCAAAAUACCACAGUGCUACAUACAGUCUUAUUAUGUCAGCAGAUUCCAGGGUUGUAAAUGCUGCCAAGAAGAAGAAUACCCAGAAUAUUGACUUCCCGUUCUAUGGAACUCCUUCUAUAGGGCUGAUUGGAGAGGCGCCUUACGUACACAUUGGAAUGACUACAGACACCUCUGAUCCAAACUCCUGGUUCUCUUUUUCUCCCCCGCAGACAAAGAAAAACUUCUUCAAGAUCUACCUUAAAAACAAGUGUCUAACUGUGGAGGGAAGUGGGUAUGCUAAGCUCGACGACUGUGUGGCCGCCCCAGCAGAAAAACAUGCGCAGCAGCUCUUCAAGUGGUUUGCAGAGAAUGAGCACGUGGUCAUAACCAAAAAAACCAUUAGGCAGGCAAAGCUGGAAAAAUUGCCAGCACCUCCCAAGAAAGUGAAGGCAUACACCCCAGACUCAAGGCUGUUCUACGACAAAAAUAAAAAGAAGAACAGCCAAAGCCCAGAUAAAAAGUAUGCUGUAAAUCACCCAGCACCAAUUUCAAACAGUGAAGUGCCUGCUGCUGUGGUGGCUAUCAAUAACAAUUCAGUUGUGGAAAUAGCCAAAAAGCCUGCUGGCUACUACGACGAGCCAGACAACGAUACAAUAGAGGAGAAAAGGAGGAAACUGCUAAAUGCAGAUGAGGCUUCUUCAAACGCAAAAGUUGCAAGGAAAGGAACAAUCACAGAUGAACUUAUGCCACCUGGAUUUUAA